AUUUCACUCGACUGUCCGUUUCUGAAGGGACGUGACAGCCGCUGCGGAUUGACAGUUCGAUUGCUGUCAAACUUGCACAUCAUUACUUGCAGAAAGGAAAACAUUCGAGACAGACGCGAAUUUCAUCUCAAAACUACAAGUUACAAAAUGGAUGCUGCUUUAAAAGUAACGCCAAAAAUGCCGUCAACGUUCAACGAGUUCGUGGGACACUUGCAGCCGCGCGACGAAACUUGUGCCGCUCAACUACAGGCAGUCCACCCGCUAAAGCAGUCUGAGUUGAAUUACACCCAACAUCGCCACAAUCUCAACAUGCAAAUGCUGCGAAAGCGCGAGGGAUUAGCGGCUCCGCUCAAGAUUGCAAUGGAGCUGAAAGCCGUCUCAAAGGUUGGCCAUUUGCCGUUCCUUCCUUCGUCGAAUGUAGCUCGCGAUGUGCUGACGGGCCACGAUGAAGUAAUUGAAUUCACGGACAUUUUCAACUUGGAAGAACACCAGGAACUUUUGCGUCAACCCCAUGCAGUGAUGGAGAAAGUAUUGGGGAUGUAAGCAUGCUUCUUUUUACAACUUGCACAGAGUGAUGGAUUUACAAUAAAUGCUUAAGAAUGUAAAAAA